AUGAUCGCCCGCACGGCUCUGCCGAACAGGGCGCUGGCCAGCGCGCCGGCCCAGCGGGCACGUUUUGUGGCUGGGCGCCGCAUGGUCCGUAGGAAUGUCGCCGCGGAGCGCAAGACGGACAAGCCGCUAGCGUUCGACGACGGCACGCUCGCGGACAUCGACCCGGAGAUGUACAACAUCAUCUGCGCGGAGAAGCAGCGCCAGGUCCACGGGCUCGAGCUCAUUGCCUCGGAGAACUUCACGUACCGCGCCGUCAACGAGGCCGUGGGGUCGUGCAUGACGAACAAGUACUCCGAGGGCUACCCGGGCAAGCGGUACUACGGCGGGAACGAGUUCAUCGACCAGGCCGAGACGCUGUGCCAGCAGCGCGCGCUGCAGGCCUUCCGCGCGGCCCCGGCGGAGUGGGGCGUCAACGUGCAGGUGCUCUCCGGGUCGCCGGCGAACUUCGCGGUGUACACGGCGCUCCUGCAGCCGCACGACCGCAUCAUGGGCCUCGACCUGCCGCACGGCGGCCACCUGACGCACGGCUUUUACACCCCCAAGAAGCGUGUGUCGGCGACGUCGAUCUACUUCGAGAGCCUCCCGUACCGCCUCGACGAGUCGACGGGGCGCAUCGACUACGACAAGCUGCGCGAGUCCGCGCUGCUGUUCCGCCCGAAGAUGAUCAUCGCCGGCGCCUCGGCGUACUCGCGCGACAUUGACUACAAGCGCAUGCGCGAGAUCUGCGACGAGGUCGGCGCGAUCCUGAUGGCCGACAUGGCGCACAUCUCCGGCCUCGUCGCCGCGGGCAUCGUCGACUCGCCCUUCGAGUACGCCGACGUCGUCACCACCACCACGCACAAGUCGCUCCGGGGCCCCCGCGGCGGCAUGAUUUUCUACAAGAAGGAGUUCGAGGCGGACAUCAACGGCGCGGUCUUCCCGGGCCUCCAGGGCGGCCCGCACAACCACACCAUCGCGGGCCUGGCCGUGGCGCUCAAGCGCGCGAUGGAGCCCGAGUUCAAGACGUACCAGGAGCAGGUCGUCAAGAACGCCCGCGCGCUCUCGGACCGCCUCGUCCAGCACGGCUACGACGUCGUGUCGGGCGGCACGGACAACCACCUGGUGCUGGUCGACCUCAAGUCGCACAACAUCGACGGGGCGCGCGUGCAGAAGAUCAUGGACAUGGUCCACAUCACGCUGAACAAGAACUCCGUCCCGGGCGACAAGUCCGCGAUGGUGCCCGGCGGCAUCCGCAUCGGGACGCCCGCGCUGACCACGCGCGGGUUUGUCGAGGACGACUUCCGCGCCGUGGCGGACCUGGUGCACCGCGGCGUGGAGAUCGCGGUGCGCUGCAAGGCCGCGACGCCCGCGCCCGCGAAGCUGAAGGACUUCAACGCGUACGUGGAGACCUCGGCGCGGUCGGACAUCGCCGCGCUGGCCGCGGACGUGCAGCAGCUGGCCGAGGGGUUCCCGAUGCCCGGCGUGUCGCCGUGA